AUGGAGGAGGUCGCCGCGGGUGCUUGGGCCGGUCUGGUCGGCACCGUCCUCGGAUAUCCACUAGACGUCGUAAAGGGUAGGAUGCAGACGGGCAAGGGUGUCGCGGGGAGCGGCGCGAAGGCUAAUUUCGCACGGACGCUCGUCUCGAUAGCGCGCGCCGAGGGCGUGACGGGCAUGUACCGCGGGCUCGGCCCGCCCGUGUGCAUGAUGAUGGUCAUGAACAGCAUGAACUUUGGCGCGUUUUACCACAUGCGAGAUAAACUGGCCGGCGCCAACCCCGUCGGGUGGGGCACCGAACGACCGUGGAUCGACUGGCGCGUGGUGUGCGCCGCGGCGAGCGUCGGGCCCCUGUGCGCGAUGGUCAGCACCCCGUUCGAGCUCGUCAAGCUCCAGGUGCAGCUCGACGCGGCGAACCACUCGCGGACACAGCUGGCGGCGACGAAGCCGGCGACGGAUCGAAACGCGUCGCCAAUCGGGUACGUUCGCAAGUACUCGGGCAGCGCGCACGCCGCGCGCCAACUCCUCAAGACGCACGGCCCGAGGGUGUUCUUCCUCGGGCACGGCGUCAACACCGCGCGCGAGUGCGUGUUCAACGCCGUGUUCUUCUCCGCGUUUGAGCACACGGCGCACGGGUUCGAGACCGAGGCGGGGUUGAGCCCCGCGAUGGCAACCGCCGCGGCUGGGGGCGUCGCGGGCGCGGCGGGUUGGCUGACGAACCUGCCCCUGGACUGCGUCAAAUCUGGGAUCCAGGGGCAGUGUCUCGGGGACGGGCGCGGGGGAUGGGACGCGGGGCGGGGCGCGAGGGUCGGGUUCGUCGAGGCGGCGAGGGCGGUUGGCGGGAGGGGCGGGAUCGCCGGCUUUUUCGCCGGCGCGGCUCCGUCGCUGGCGCGUUCUUUCGUGGUGAGCGGGAGCAGGUUCACGGCGUUCACCGGGGCGAUGGGGGCGUUCCGCGCCGUGCGGGAGCGUGCGGGCGCGUCGCUGACGGAGUCGGAAAUCGGGCGCGACUGA